AUGCCUGUUACAGAAAAUGUCGACCUAACAAUACCUUCUGAUGAUAUCAACCUACUGCAUAACUUGAGACAUGAUGGAUUAAGUCUAUUUGAUGCUCUAAAGUGCGUAAGGAUGUCCUUAGUUCCAGAAGGAUAUGAACCUUAUCCAUUCAGAAAUGUAGUGGAAGAAAGCCAGGACGAUAUAAUUAAAUCCAUUGUUGCAACAUAUCGAUUCAGAGCAACUGUCGCCAAGUGUGUAUCAGAGGGUGUAGAUUUUUCAACCCAUCUUUACAUCCCAGAGAUUGUUGAAGGGACUGACGAAUUGAAGCAUUUCAUGAAAGGGAAGAUCACUGCCACAUUCUAA